UCUUCGGCUCGGCUUCCUCGGAGCGUUUGAACAGGAAGGCGGACAUGUUGAUCAGGAAAAGAAAGUGCAAAUUGGCGAGUGCAUUUUCAGGAAGAAGAAAAAAAUCAUUUUGUGUUCUCACCGCCGUGAAGAAAGAAGCCGAGGAAUUGCAAACAACGUUAUUUUUCUUUUAAAAAGAAAAGCCUCGUUGAGAUUGCAAAAGUGCUGCCAAUCCGUGAACUGAGUUUAAUGUGAAGCUUGGGCGCACAGGAUGUUAACCGCGCGCCGUGUUAUUCGCUCUGAAGAAAUAUUUGCAGAAGUUCAUGUUCCUCAGCUUAAGCUGUCAACGGACCAGAAGUGCUGCUUUUAGGCCUGUAACCAACGCUUGACACUGUUUUCUUUAACUUUAUUCUGAAACAAAAUUACACCUUUCUACUUAGUCAAAUAGCCGGCUUGACGAAUCUGGAUAUAAGUACGUUUUCAGUACGUUCUCUUUCUAAACGAGCCACUGUCCUGCUAAACUUUGAAGAGGAACUUGAAACUUGGAAAGUGUUUCUUCUGUUUAUUUUUUUUUAAAAUGCGACUGAUAGUUCGAAGCUCCGUAACAGUUUAUACGGUUUCAAGUGGGGAAAAUAAACUAUUUGGUGAAAUUAUACUGUGAAGCCGUUUUCUGCGAUUUUCACAUGCGCCUACCUGAUGGUUGCUUCGUGAAGAGGCUGAUAGUCAUAUCGGAAGUGCUAUUUUCUUCAGAUUUUGAUUUCUUUUGAACUUGAAAAUAUAUUUACAGUACACCGUAGACACCAUGUCUUCUGGGGACAGUUUGGAAGCUCGAUUUGAAAAAAUCGAAUUUAUGUUAAAGGAUCCCAAGUGCGAAGUGAACAGUGAAUGUUUGCUGGAUAGCUUGGAUGCCUUAAUUUAUGAUUUGGACUUCCCUGCCUUAAGAAAAAACAAGAACAUUGACAGCUUCAUAAAUCGAUACAAAGAUGCAAUGAGUAAAAUUCGGGAUUUAAGAAUGAAAGCAGAAGACUAUGAAGUUGUUAAAGUGAUUGGGAGAGGAGCAUUUGGUGAAGUUCAGCUGGUGAGACACAGAGGCACGAGAAAAGUAUUUGCAAUGAAACUACUCAGCAAAUUUGAGAUGAUUAAGCGAUCUGAUUCAGCAUUCUUUUGGGAAGAGAGGGGCAUCAUGGCUUUUGCUAAUAGUCCAUGGGUUGUACAGCUAUCCUAUGCAUUCCAAGAUAAUCGCUACCUCUACAUGGUGAUGGAGUAUAUGCCUGGUGGGGAUCUCGUAAAUUUAAUGAGUAAUUAUGAUAUGCCUGAAAAAUGGGCCAGAUUUUAUACAGCAGAAGUUGUACUUGCCCUGGAUGCCAUUCAUUCUAUGGGUUUCAUUCAUAGAGAUGUGAAGCCAGAUAAUAUGUUGCUUGACAAAGCUGGUCACUUAAAACUGGCAGACUUUGGAACCUGCAUGAAGAUGAAUAAAGAAGGGAUGGUACGAUGUGAUACUGCAGUGGGGACUCCGGAUUAUAUUUCGCCUGAGGUGCUGAAAUCUCAAGGAGGAGAUGGUUAUUAUGGGAGAGAGUGUGAUUGGUGGUCAGUUGGAGUAUUCCUGUAUGAAAUGCUUGUCGGUGACACACCCUUUUAUGCAGACUCACUAGUUGGAACUUAUAGCAAAAUCAUGAAUCACAAAAACUCACUGACCUUUCCUGAAGACAGUGAAAUAUCCAAGGAUGCAAAAAGCCUUAUUUGUGCAUUCCUCACUGACAGGGAAAUAAGACUAGGUCGAAAUGGUGUGGCAGAGAUCAAGCGACACUCUUUCUUUGGAAAUGAUCAAUGGACAUGGGAAAAUAUCAGAGAGAUUUCUGCACCAGUUGUGCCUGAGUUAAGUAGUGACAUCGACACUAGCAAUUUUGAUGACCUGGAAGAAGAUAAAGGCGAGGAAGAAACAUUUCCUGUACCAAAGGCCUUUGUUGGCAAUCAGUUACCUUUCGUAGGCUUCACGUAUUACAGAGAUUAUCAGAACUCAUCUGGUACUUCUAGACCAGCCAGUGACUGUAGAGAGAAUUCCACUGUAGACAAUAGCCAAGUUGAGAAUUUAAAAAAGACUGUUUAUGAACUUGAAGAGAAAUUACAUAAUGAAAUAAAACUAAAGGAUGAAUUGGAACAAAAAUGCAGGUCAGCAAACACAAAGUUAGAAAAAAUAACAAAGGAACUGGAUGAUGAGGUUAGUGCACAAAAAUGUUUAGAGGUUAAUGUGUCUCAGCUUGAAAAGGAAAAAAUAAUGCUACAACACAAAAUCAAUGAAUACCAAAGGAAAGUGGAGCAAGAGGCUGAAAAGAGACGGAACUUGGAAAAUGAGGUAUCUACGCUAAAGGAGCAACUUGAGGACUUAAAGAAAAUGAAUCAGAAUUCUCAUAUUUCAAACGAGAAAAUAGUUCAGUUACAAAAACAAUUAGAAGAAGCGAAUGCUCUGCUGCGAUCUGAAUCUGACACAGCAGCAAGGUUACGGAGGAACCAAACUGACUUAACAAAGACCAUGAGCCAAUUAGAGAUUGUAAACAGUGAACUGCAGGAGAGAAACCGAGUUUUAGAAAAUUUCAAGCUACAGCUGGAGAAGGACAUUAUCCAGCAUCAAUCUGCUUUGGAAUCUGAAAGAAGAGUUCGCAACCAGGGCUCAGAGAUGAUCAAUGAUUUGCAAGCUCGGACCACUUCUUUACAAGAAGAACUGAAAAUGAUUAAAAUUAACCUUUCAAAAGCAGAGAUGGAGAAGAAACAGGCACAUGACAAGCUUAGCAACCUGGAAAAGGAAAAGAAUAAUAUGGAAAUAGAUUUGAAUUACAAAAAUAAGAUGUUACAGCAACAGCUAGAUCAAGAAAUUACAGAGCACAAAGUAACUAAAGCACGAUUGGUAGAUGAGUAUGAGUCCAUAGAAGAAGCAAGAUCGGUGGCCAUGAAUGAAAUGGAUAACAAGCUGAGAGAGGAGAGAAUGUCCAGACAGAGAGCAGAAAAUUAUGCAAUGGAAGUGGAGAAAAAGCUUUCUAUGUCGGAAGUUGACUUAAAGCAGUUCCAACAAAAAGUGGAACAGCUGAGUAAGCAGAAAGAGAGAUUGGAAGAUGAGGUGAAGAAUCUGACACGACAGCUGGAUCAAGAGAUCAAUAAACAAGAAAUGACAAAGAGUGAACUGAAGGCCCAGUCAUUAGAAGCAGACAAUCUGAAAGGCUCAGAGAAGCAGUUGAAACAAGAGAUCAAUUCGUUGUUGGAGUCCAAGCGGUCGCUCGAGUUUCAGUUGGCACAGCUCUCAAAGCAAUAUCGAGGAAAUGAGGGUCAAAUGCGGGAACUCCAGGACCAGCUUGAGGCAGAGCAGUAUUUUUCUACUUUGUAUAAGACUCAGGUUAAGGAGCUCAAAGAAGAAAAUGAAGAGAAAAACAGAAUAAAUAGUGAACUACAAAAGAGGAUGCAAGAGCUCAUCAGUGAAAGGGAUUCAUUAUGUUCACAAAUGGAUCUAACUAUAACUAAAGCAGAUUCUGAGCAGCUUGCUCGAGCGAUUGCAGAGGAUCAAUGUAAUGAACUUGAUCAGGAAUUGAAGAAAGCAACAGCACGACAUAAACAGGAGCAGAAUGAGAAAGACAACACCAUUAUCUUACUAGAGGAAUCAAAUAGAACCUUGACCAAAGAUGUAGAAAACCUAUCAAAGGAGAAAGCAGAACUCGAUGAAAAACUGAGGUCUAUGGGAGAAGACUCACAGAAGAGGAGGGAUGAAGACCUAAAUAACAUGAAAACCCAUUAUGAAAAGAUAAUUAACCAAGAACGUACACUGAAAACACAAGCUGUUAAUAAACUUGCUGAGAUUAUGAACCGAAAAGAUAUAAAAGUGGAUCGAAAGAAAGCAAACACAGCAGAUGUCCGGAAAAAAGAAAAGGAAAACAAAAAAUUGCAACUGGAAUUGAACCAAGAGAGAGAGAAAUACAGUCAUAUGGUUGUGAAGUAUCAGAAGGACCUAAAUGAAAUGCAGGCACAAUUAGCAGAGGAAUCUAACCUUCGUACAGAGCUUCAAAUGCAACUUGAUAGUAAGGACAGUGAUCUUGAGCAACUUCGUUCUAAGCUUCAAGAUCUCCAACUUCGUAUGGAUAGUACAAGUGUAUCCAGUUUACAGACUGAGGAUUUGGAUGGAAAUGUAACUGAAACCAGGAUGGAGGGCUGGUUAUCAAUACCAAACAGGGCAAACAUCAAAAGAUAUGGAUGGAAAAAACAGUAUGUCGUGGUCAGCAGCAGAAAGAUACUAUUUUACAAUGAUGAAUUGAAUAAAGAGCAAUCAAAUCCAUCCAUGGUACUGGAUAUCGACAAAUUAUUCCAUGUUCGUCCUGUAACACAAGGUGAUGUAUACAGGGCAGAAACUGGUGAAAUUCCUCGAAUAUUCCAGAUAUUAUAUGCCAAUGAGGGUGAAUGUCGGAAAGAUGUAGAAGUAGAAGCUGUGCAGUCAGUUGAAAAACCUGACUUUAUAUCUCAUAAAGGUCAUGAAUUCAUUCCUACGCUCUACCAUUUUCCUACUAAUUGUGAAGCUUGUGCAAAGCCUCUAUGGCAUGUCUUCAAACCACCAGCUGCACUGGAAUGUAGGCGAUGCCAUGUUAAGUGCCAUAAGGAUCAUUUGGAUAAAAAGGAGGAUGUGAUUAUGCCAUGCAAAGUGAAUUAUGAUGUUAGCACAGCCAGGGAAAUGUUGCUACUGGCAUGCUCUCAGGACGAACAGAAAAGAUGGAUUGGACAUUUAGUGAAGAAGAUUCCUAAGAAUGCACCAGCCUCCACCUUUGUGCGUGCUUCUCCUAGGACUUCUUCCACAAGAUCAGCGCCAAACCAAUCUUUUCGCAAACCUGCCAAACAUGUUGCCCCAAUCAAGCCCAGUUAACCUCCAGUGGAAUAGGGUCGAAGAUUCUUUAAGAAGCCAGCUUUUUGAAGGUCACAAAGUAGUGAAAAAUGGAUUUGAUUCCUUCCAAUGCAGACAUUACAAAUGUCAGGGUUGCAAUUUUUGUUUAACCCUUGCCUCCAUUCCCCAGUUCCCCAAUCCUACUGUGAUCUAAAUAUGGAGAAGACUAUUCACUGUGUUACCCAUAUUACCAUAGUUUUUUUUUAAACAAUUGCAAUGGAUAAAGCAUAGCUAUAAAUAAGAUGCUGUUUUCUUUUCCCCCUGUAAUCAGUAAAACACCAGAAUAGAUCGUUGUGAAAUUGCUCACUGAGCUUUCAUUAUUGUAUCAUUUAAAUAAGUAAGGGAUAGGGCAGUUGCACUUGCGGGAAUAACUUUAUGCUAAUUUGGAGGGAAGGUAUGGAAUCAAAGUACUGAAAAUACAAGAAGGGGACAAGAUGGAACUACUUUGAAGAUGGUCUAAAAUGCUUGAGAAGAUCAAUGAUGUCUUGAGUCUGUCAUGCCUUCAGUGUAGAUCUAUUGAGAGAUCUCAGACCUAAAAUCUUUUGCAUUUAAGAUGGCAAAGUUUGGUGAACUCAUAUAAGUAUUUAGAAAUUUUACUGUUCCAAAUGCUUCAACUGAAAAUGUGUGGAACUGAGAAAAAUGAACAAUGUUUCACUCUUGAUCUAGGAAUUUUUGCUAAGCCAUUGGUUCAUGAUUGAUGAACAGCUAUAAAUAACAGAAGCAUGAGGAAAGUAACAACAACUCAGCAAUCAGCAUUGUGACUAUACUGGGGUACACACGUUUUGUAAUUUUAUAAAUAUAUUGCCUUAUAUUUGAAAAUAGAUUCUUAUCAGAUGGUGGACAACAUUAACUUAACAGAUAAAUUGUGCACUGUUUUAAAACAUAAAUUAUUCUGCUGAAGACACUUUAACAGGAAUAAUGUCCUGUUAGUGCCUUGAUUUUGAAGAACUUUUACUGCCAUAUACUUAAUGCAUCACAAUUUCAAAUAACUGCAUCUACUUAAACAUUUUCCUUUUGGAUUGUGAAAUGUAUUUUAAAGAUUUUAUUUUGGAUAUAAUUUUGAAUGGAAUGUGAUGGUGAAUAAACUGCCUGUAAAGAGUGGGAAUUAUUCAUAGGAAAAUAUGCAGGAAACUUCAACUGUAGAAGGCAUUAAUUAAGAUUUGUUUCUGUGAAUUAUUUCAGGACUCACUCCCGUAAUAUAGGAAUUGUUGUAUUUGCUGUUUUAUUUCUUGCCAGUCAACAGGAACACAUUCAAGAUAUGGUUUACUUCACCCAGUACCUCCCAAAAUAAUUUAUAAUAGCUUUGCAGUUACAUGUAUUAAAGCACUGGAAAUUGGAUCUCUGUUUUAGGAUGACGCAUGUUUUAAAUGAUAUUGAAUGUCGCACUGAUGGGUAUGUACCAAUAAACAUA